AGGGAGCGGAGCCGGAAAUAGGGACUGCGAAGUUUGGUUGUAAGGGUUUGCUGGAGCCUCUGGUGCUCUCUCUUUGAAGCGCCUCCCCCUCAGGUUGCCCCUCGUCGCGCUCUGGUGCCGUUGCCCUGGGAGCUCGCUUCGCCAUGGCUUUUAUCAAGCCUAACAAGACCAAGGCCUACUUUAAGAGGUUUCAGGUCAAGUACAAACGCCGCAGAGCUGGAAAGACCGACUACCGAGCUAGGAUUCGCCUGACCACCCAGGACAAGAACAAAUACAACACCCCGAAGUACCGUUUGGUCGUGCGAUUUACCAACAAGGACAUUGUUGCCCAAAUUACCUAUGCUACUCUGGCUGGUGACAUUGUGCUCACCUCUGCUUACGCCCAUGAACUCCCCCGAUAUGGGCUUAAGGGCGGUCUAACUAACUACGCAGCUGCUUACUGCACUGGUCUCCUUUUGGCCCGCCGUCAUCUGAAGAACUUCGAAUUGGACCAGGAGUACGUUGGUAACGAGCAGGCUACUGGUGAGGACUACAAUGUUGAAGAAGGAGAAGGGAAGAGGCCAUUCAGAGCUCUUUUGGAUGUUGGUCUGGUGAGAACCACCACAGGCAACAGGGUUUUUGGUGCUCUCAAGGGUGCCUUGGAUGGUGGAUUGGAUGUUCCCCAUAGUGAGAAGCGGUUCGCUGGUUACAGCAAGGAGGAUAAAUCCUUGAAUGCUGAGACACACCGCAAGUACAUUUUGGGUGGACACAUUGCAGACUACAUGAGGCUCUUGAAGGAGGAUGAGCCUGAGAAGUAUCAAUCUCAUUUCAGCGGAUUCAUCAAGGCUGGUGUCGAGGCUGAUAACCUUGCAGAGAUGUACACGAGUGUGCAUGCCGCCAUUCGUGCAGACCCCACUCAACAGAAGACUGAGAAGAAGGCCCCGGCUGAGAAGAGGAAAUGGAAGAUCCAGAAGUUGACCUACGAAGAGCGACAGGCUGCCUUGGUUAAGCGUCUCAACGCCGUCAAUGGUGACAAUGACGAGUAGUCCUAGGAUGGAAUGCCUGCCACCGUUUUUCGGAGAUAGGGGUGUUGUAGGUAGGUCCUGGCUUUUGCUAGAAUGUCGUACCUACUUUGUUCAUGUGCAAUCGAGUUUAAGAUUCUCAUCUUAUCAUCAUUUUAUCACACGAUCUGAUCCCUUACUUGUUUGGA